AUGUCAACCCCGGCCUCGUUUGCCUCGUUUGCAGCCUAUACCCCGCCUCCUGAUGACCAAUCCGCGCCUCCUCCAACCCGUCCUUGGUUUCCUACCCAAACCACAACCUCGUAUCAAUCGGGCGGCAUCCCCACCUUCGGAGCUUCGUCUUCCAACACGAUAGAAGAGGCUGAGUCCCAGCAAAAUCAAUGGGAAACUCGACAUGGUCUUCGGGUCGAUCUUCUUGCUGCUCUUGCCUACUUGUUUGGUCCUAUCUCUGCACUGGCACUCCUCAUUGUCGAGACUCAGAAUGACUACGUUCGCUUCCAUGCAUACCAGUCCGCUUUGCUGACCACACCACUCGUUCUCAUCCGAAUACUUGCCUCACUCCUACAAUUUCCCAACUGGAUGCGCACUUUGCUGACCUUGGUCUUGGUUGGUUUAGAGAUCUACAUGGCCAUUCGAGCGUAUAUCGACGCCUCUCAGAAUAGUCUUGCUCGUUUUGAGUUGCCUUAUGUGGGUCCCAUUGCUGCAAGAUGGCUCGAGGAAGAGUAA